UGUAGUCCGAAGCCUCUGGAGGGCCUCAGCUUGGGGCAGGCUUUGCAAGGCCACGAAGGCCUUUUGUGAGGGAAGGCGAAGAAGGCCGGCCUCCUUCCUUCCUUCCUUCCUGCUCCGAGGCCGCCAUGUGAGGAGGAGGAGGACGGGGAAAAGGCUGCCUCCUUCCUCUCCUGCUUCCCGGGCCGGGGAUGCUCCUCCUGCCGGCCAUGGAGCCCCCUUCCUCCUCCUCCUCCUCCUCCGCGGCCUCCACAUCCCCGGCCUCGCUUGUCAUCCGCAUCCGGAUCCCAGACGAGGGCGGCGGCGCCGUGGACUGGAGCGUCCAGCCCGCCCCGCAGCUUCUCUUCAGGGACGUCCUGGACGUGAUCAGUCAAGUUCUCCCCGAUGCAACGACUACAGCGUUUGAAUAUGAAGAUGAGGACGGCGAUCGGAUCACGGUUCGAAGUGAUGAAGAAAUGAAAGCGAUGCUCUCCUAUUAUUAUACAACAGUAAUGGAGCAGCAAGUCAAUGGACAGUUGAUAGUGCCUCUGCAGAUCUACCCAAGAGCCUGCAAGCCUCCUGGGAAACGGAACAUACAUGGCCUGAAGGUAAAUACGCGAGCCGGGUCUGCUAACAAUAGCGGUGUGGCCGUCCCAGACUCCCUCCCGAGCAAUAGUUUGAAGAAGUCAUCUGCAGAACUGAAGAAGAUAUUAGCUAACGGGCAGAUGAAUGAACAAGACAUACGAUAUCGGGACAUCCUCGGUCACGGCAACGGAGGGACCGUCUACAAAGCAAAUCAUGCCCCCAGUGGGAAAAUACUGGCUGUGAAGGUGAUCCCCUUAGAUAUUACGCUGGAGCUUCAGAAGCAGAUUAUGUCGGAGCUGGAAAUCCUUUACAAGUGUGACUCGUCCUAUAUCAUAGGGUUUUACGGUGCCUUUUUUGUAGAAAACCGGAUCUCCCUUUGUACAGAAUUCAUGGACGGGGGAUCUUUGGAUGUCUACAGAAAAAUUCCGGAACAUGUCUUGGGCAGAAUCGCUGUCGCAGUUGUUAAAGGCCUUACCUACUUAUGGAGCUUAAAGAUUUUACAUCGAGACGUGAAGCCUUCCAACAUGCUGGUGAACACCAGAGGCCAAGUCAAGUUGUGUGAUUUUGGGGUGAGCACCCAGCUGGUGAAUUCCAUCGCCAAGACGUAUGUCGGGACAAACGCGUACAUGGCGCCAGAACGAAUUUCAGGAGAGCAGUAUGGCAUUCAUUCCGAUGUUUGGAGUCUAGGAAUUUCCUUUAUGGAGCUUGCUCUCGGGAGGUUCCCGUAUCCUCAGAUUCAGAAAAACCAGGGAUCUUUAAUGCCUCUUCAGUUACUCCAGUGCAUUGUUGAUGAGAAAUCGCCGGUCCUUCCAGUUGGGGAGUUCUCCGAGCCGUUUGUACACUUCAUCACUCAAUGUAUGCGGAAGCAGCCCAAAGAACGGCCGGCCCCAGAAGAGUUAAUGGGCCACCUCUUCAUCGUCCAGUAUGAUGACGGCAACGCAGAGGUGGUUUCCAUGUGGGUUUGCCGGAUGCUGGAAGAGAGGCGCUCGCAGCAGCAGCAGCAGCAGCAACCCCUGCAACCACAGGAAGGGCCUCUCUGAGCAGGACAGAUGCUGUAUGGAUGUCACAAGGAAAAGAAGAGGAGACGGGGACCCCCCAAAGCCCCUUUGGACUCUGCUCACGUUCACAGGAGGGGUCUUUCUGCUACGUUCCAUCGGCGGGGGGUGUUUGGAUACGUGUCUGGUGACAUUUUAGUCAGCAUAGACUGCUGUAUUCUUUCACACACAAAAUCACCCCUCUCCUACAUCACAAGGACUUAUUCAGCAUAGUUAAGACCAUAUUAUUAUAUAUUUUAUUAAACCAUCUGUAUAUUU